AUGGAAAAUAAUGAAAAAUUUAAAAAAGAAUAUAUAAAUAUUUUGGAAAUUUUAAGAAAUAAUGGAGGACCUUUUAAUUGGAUAUGGAAGAAAAGAAAUUUUUCUACUUAUAGUGAUAAAUUUUACCAAACUAAAGUUGGAAAAGAUAAAAUUAUUAAAAAUAUUAUAGAAUCAGAAAAUGUUUCAAAUGUUAUAAAUGAAAUAUGUAAAGAAAAAAAUAUUAAAAUUGAAAAUGUUAAAAUUGAAGCAUAUGAAAUAUUAAUAAAUAUGAAAGAAAAUUUUAAUAUUUAUGUAACUCGUAUUGUUGGAUAUAGUUUUAUGAAAAUUUUUAAUAAUGUUCUUAAAGGUGUUUAUAUUAAUAGUAAGGAAAUAGAAGAAAUUAAAAAACUUAUCAAAAGUCAUCCUAUUGUUUUUAUGCCAACACAUAAAAGUUACCUUGAUUUUUUAUUAUUAUCAAUUAUUUGUUAUGAUCAAGAUUUAACAUUACCUGCAAUAGCUGCUGGUAUGGAUUUUCAAAAUUCAUUUUUAAUUGGUGAAACAUUAAGAUUAUGUGGAGCAUUUUAUCUUAAAAGAACAUUUGGUAAAGAUAAAUUAUAUUGGAGUAUCUUUUCAGAAUAUGUUAAAACAUUUAUUCAUUAUCCUGAUAAACCUUUUGAAUUUUUUGUUGAAGGUACUCGUUCACGAACACAAAAAUCACUUUUUCCAAAGUAUGGACUUUUUCAAAUGGUUAUUGAACCAUUUUUAAAAAAUGAUGUUUAUGAUAUACAAAUUAUUCCUGUUUCAAUAAAUUAUGAUCGCAUUAUGGAAGAAAUUUUAUAUGGUUAUGAACUUUUAGGUUUCCCAAAACCAAAAGAAUCAACAUCAAGUUUAAUUAAAUCAAGAUCUAUAUUAAAUGAAUCAUAUGGUAAUGUUUAUAUGACAUUUGGUAAAUCUAUAUCUAUAAGAAAUUGUUUUAAUAAUAAAAUUAAUCGUAUCAAUAUAUCAUCUUUACCAAAAUUAUAUACUAACUUUGGUAAUAAUACUAAAUAUCAAAUAAAAAAACUUGCUCAUAUUAUUAUUAAAAAACACAAUGAAAAUUCAAUAACAACAAUAUUUCCAAUUAUUACAUUUACAAUUAUGCAAAUAUUAAAAAAAAAUGACUCUUCAGUAUGUACUAAAAUAUUAUAUGAAGAUUUAUAUGAAAAUGUUUUAAUGUACUAUAAUUUAUUAAAACAGCUUAAUAUUAAUAUAAUAUUUGAAAAAGAUUCAUUAGAUUCAGAGAUACGUUAUCAAUUAUUUUUACACAAAAAUUUAUUUGUAAAAAUAACAAUGGAUAUAUUUGAAAGAAAAUCUUUUGAAAUUUCAUUAUCAAAUUUUGAUAUUGAUAAAAAAGUUCAAGUUAAAAAAAUAAUUCCUGAUAAUAGUGUUGUUUAUAUUAUAUUACAAAAUUAUACAAAUCAACUUUUGCAUCAUUUUAUUGAUAUUAUUAUCUUUGGAAUAAUUUUUAUAGAAAAUGAUAAUUAUAUGGGUAAUGGUGGAUUGUAUGAAAAUAUUUAUGAAGACUAUGUAAAGAUUAAAAAACUUUUUAGAUAUGAAUUUGUAUAUAUUAUUGAUGAAGAAAAAGUAGAUUUUGAAAAAACUAUAUUAAAAUUAAUUAAAUUACAAAUUAUUAAAAAAGACAGUAAUAAUAUAAUUAAAAUAAUUAAUAUUAAAUUAAUUCAAACGUUGACAAAAUUAAUUGAAUCAUUUAUUGAUGGAUAUAUAUUGUUAACAAAAAUAAUUAAACAAAUAUCUGGACAAUUUAUUAAUGAAAAAGAACUUUUAUCAUUAGUUCAAUUACAAAUUGGAAAAGAAAUAAGGUAUAAUAACUAUAAAUUUAUUCAAAAUAUUAAUACUGAUUUUAUAAAGAAUGUUAUUAGUACAUUAAAAUACCAACAUAUUUUAGUUAAGUAUUCGUAUGAAAAAGAAGAAUUAUUAUCUAUUAAUAAUUAUCAAAUUACUAAGUUAAUAAAUUUUUUUGGUAAGAUAUUUGUGUCAUAUACAAAUAAGAAAAAAGAUAUUUAUUUAGAAGAUUGUUAUGGAUCAAAUAAUUUUAUUUCAUCUAAAAUUUAA